AUGGCCCCUAUAUCUGGGGGAUACGGUAGUCUCUAUCGCAGGGCGUCCUUAAAGCACUCUCAAGGUCAAGGUCUUUUCGUUGGAGGCAAGCGUGACGCCGACUUUGUCGAGGGUCCUCGCUUCUCCAGGAACUUCUGGUCCAUCGAUCGAUCGAGCACGGAUGUAGACCACGGACCUUGGGAUAAUCCGUUAUCCUAUGUUCUUGCCAUAGCGACCUGUGAGCGAUAG